AAUAGUAUUGAGUUCUAUUAACAUUCCAGCUGUUGUUUUUCUCAACGAACUGUCUACAUGCCUGUGCAAACAUGACGAUCUGCGUGUGACGAUUAUUACAAGUGCGCGGGUUCCGUUGAUUAAGCUUUACUGUGAGGGCAUCGCAGUGGACGUAGUUUUCGCAUCGACCGUGCUGGCAGCACCCCCUACAACGGUGCAGCUGCUCUGGACUAAUUUCCUACUUUACGUUUCUACUGAAAGCAGACCGAGCAUUAACGGCAUCAGAACGGUGUUUGAAAUCAAGCAAAGGCUUACGGUAGACUAUGGCGUUUACGUUACAACACUCAAAGCAGUUAAGAGGUGGGCGAUGAAACGUCUGGUUUAUGGCAACUUGUUCACCUUCCCGAACGGCGUCACUCUGGCAAUAAUGGUUUGCUAUAUUUGUCAAGCCUUUCCACACAAUUCACCUAGUUUUCUUUUUAGGUACUUUUUUAGUUACUUUUCAGAAUACUUGCCCUCUUAUGUAUUAGAUUCUAAGCCUAUAUUUAUCACACCAUCUCUUCAGCCGCAAAAGAUCCGAAUCGACGGUGUACCGCACUGCUGGAAUCCCAACCGUGCUUCAUGUAAGGAGGAGGUAUUUCCGGUCCUUAACCCUGCAUACCCCUAUGUAAACGCUGCGCAUGCGGUGGGUCGAUGUGGUCUUCAGCACUUCUAUGAUGAAAUUGUCCGAGCACAGAAACUCCUUCAUGCACAUCCUGAAGGUCUCCCUAUGAGCCAGAUCUGGGAGCCUUAUAGCAUCUGUAAAAACUUUAGUCAGUUUGUUGCAAUACAUGUUAGUUGUGUUGCCGCAGUUGAAGAGGAAUGUGAAAGGGCGUUUGGCAUUUGGAAAGGUUUAGUAGAAAGCAAAUUACGUUUUUUCGUGUAUGCUAUGGAGUGCACUGUCGAUGUGCGGCCUUUUCCUAAAAUAUUUUUAUUAAACACAAGGGUUGAUAACUGCAACAAUGGAGACUAUCUCCGAAAGAGUGUGUAUUUUUUUGGCUUAAAGUUGCGUGAAUGUAUGGGAAGCAAUAACUUACAUUCUUUAACUCUGGUUUCACAUGAAUUCGUAGCUAGUAGUUUCGCUGAGAUGAUGUGUGCAGUUUCUGAAGGUAUGAAUUCCUCAUCGGGCGUCCCGCUUCCAUAUCAGCCACAAAUUAUGUUGGAUCCAUCAUUUUCCCUUCAUUCCGUUCAUGAAGACGACUUUGUAAGGGAGUUUGGGGAUCAUCUGAACUGAGAAGGUUUUGCCCUUGCAUGGCAUUGCUUUCUUUUAAUCAUUAAACUACUAAGAGGGGAACUCUAUACUUUUAAGGCGGUAGCCAGCU